AAUUGAGAAGAAAGAUCGAUGACAUAAAGCAGGCAUUGAUCUAGAAGAAGAUGUGAGCUUGUCUAUGCCUACGAAAAUUAAGUGCAAUCUAGGGAUUCGAUUAAGGAAGAAGAUGAUUCAUCCAAUUCACAAGUUUUACGCUUUUUGGGUGCCAAAAGAAAAAGAAAAAAAAUGGAGGAAUACAGAUAAAAAGAGAGGCCGACAACAGGACAAGGAAGGAUGGAUCAGGAUCCUUUUUUCUUCCACGUCACAAACUCUAUCAGACAAGGAAAAGAUUGUUUUCUUCUAAGACAAAACUACUCCAAACUGCUCACCUAAAUUUCAGGUUACCUAUUUAUCUGUCCCCCAAAAGCUUUCUCAAGACAGUUUCAUGGUGUUUGGUCAUAAGCCUUCCUUCAACACAAGGUUGCUGUCUGAAAUCUUAUCCGUAUGGUCAUUGUUGAAUUAAUCUGUGAAGAUUAGUUCAGCUAAUAGGUUUUUGACACAAGUUUCAGAAUAAAAGAAACCCUGUUUUGAGUUUCAAUGAGAUUAAUCUUGGACAAGACCCCAACUAAUACAGAGAUAUACUAGUCUCACCGUCAGCUACAUUGUGAAUACUUUUAAUUCUGAACUUGAUAGUAUUAGUGGUGAUUUUGAAACCAUAUUGACAAUCGUGGACUUGUUUUGGUAUUGCUUCAGACUCCUAUCCUCAGUAGACAUGGAUUGAUGUGCAGCAGACCAAACAAAUUUGCGGAUACAGAAACAAAAGACUUGAAUUUGGAUUGCAACAUUUCCCAUAGAGAUGGUUGCUUCUUGUCUGUGAUAUGCCUUCAAAAUAUGCUUACAUUAGUUUCUAGGUCCUGUUCUGCUGCAGUGACUAUUGGAAGCAUAUAUCUGUCUGUGUCCAAAAGGAUGCCUCAUGCCAGUUUGAUAAUUUUUCCCUUUCAAUCCAGGUAGUGACCUGCAGCCCAUAAGUACUCAGUUUAUCGAAGAUCAGAAUCAUAGCCUGGAUUGCAGCUAUGACUACCACCAAGUUAUACAUAGUGUACUAUUCCUUACAUGGUCAUGUGGAGAACAUGGCUAGGGAAGUGCAACGGGGAGCUAAUGCAGUUGAAGGUGUUGAAGCAACACUUUGGCAGGUACCUGAGACACUAUCUGAUUUGAUAUUGCAAAAGAUGAAGGCUCCUCCUAAAGCUGAUGAUGUACCAGAAAUUAGGCCAGAACAACUUCCGGAAGCUGAUGGCUUUCUCUUUGGAUUUCCUUCUCGUUUUGGUGUGAUGGCAGCUCAAUUCAAGGCAUUCUUUGAUGCCACCCACGACUUGUGGGCACACCAGGCACUUGCUGGCAAACCUGCAGGGAUCUUCUGGAGUACCGGUUUUCAUGGGGGAGGCCAGGAGCUUACUGCAUUAACUGCAGUAACACAGUUAGCACACCAUGGUAUGAUAUUUGUCCCUCUUGGCUACACUUUUGGCAGUGGCAUGUUUGAGAUGAAUGAGGUAAAGGGUGGAUCUGCUUAUGGUGCCGGCACUUAUGCAGCAGACGGAUCUCGACAUCCAACAGAACUAGAGCUCCAGCAGGCAUUCCACCAGGGCAAAUAUGUUGCAGAAAUAACCAAAAAACUCAAGAACAAGCACCUUUCAGCUUAAAAACAAUGCCCUGGAUGCCCUAGAAUCUGAUUCUGCUUCUGUACUACAAACACUAACUAGUUUGAUGCAUAUUGGCCCUAACAUCUUGUCAUCUUUGAAGAUGUUAUUAUGCAAGCAAUGGUCCCAUUACUACAGUAUU